AAAAAAGAGAAGAAAGAAAGGAAAAACUAAAAUAAGAAUUUCUGAACAUUCAAAGUCUUUUCUUAGCCCUAUAAACCAGCUAGCUUAUAUCUCCGAAAUGUAUUGAAUGAUAUUUUUAGUUAAUGUUGUUAAAAACCCAGCCCUUAGCUUUUAAAUAUCGGCCUAAUGGCUUUAAUUCAUUAAAGAAAUUAUAGUAAUAAUUAAUGUUAAUAAAUAAUAAUAAGACGGAUAUAGAUAUAAUAUACAAUAACUAGUGACUGGUAGCUCUGCUAGGCAAUACUGUUCUAUGGGAAAUCGACCACCAACGUCAAUGCGAGAUCAGUCGACCGACAGUGACGGUAACGUUGAAAGAACAGAGGAAAAGAAGAACAAAGAGCGACAUAUUCGAUUUUCGAAUAAGAUCCCUUACGUUCCGCCCGGAAGCGUUCGAUCGAGCCAUCUAGCGGGUGGCGAAGUUAACCUUUUAAGAACUUUGAACGGUCCUGACAAAAGAAAAGAGGAUAAGAAACGAACGGAAAAAGGUAACGGAACCGGACGGAAGGAAUCAAUAACAAGUUCCAUAUUCCGGUUUUUAGGUAUAGUGAAUCGUUGUCUUGUAACCAACUCUUUAACGGACAUUCUGAGUGCUUUCGUUUUGUUCAGUUUUCUAUACGUUCAUUCACAUUUUGACGAAGAAAAUGAGGAAGAUGAUAAAAGAAAGAAUUAAUGAACUGCCCAUUCUGUUUCUUUCUUUUAUUCUAUAUUCUUUUUUAUUUAACUUUUGUUCUGUCCUAUCAAUAAAAGAGAACACAUUUUUUCCUG